UCCAUAUUUUUGCUUAACUUAGUUCUAUUUAAAAAAAUUCAAUUCAAAAUUACAAUAAUAAUUGCUUUUUAAUAAGCGUAUCGGUUCCCAUAAGUAGGUGGGCAUUAAGCGAGAAUGACGACAAGUAUUACUCGUACUAAGGACCAACUGGCCGUACUUUUGAAGCUCGUUGAAGUAAACAAAGUUGGUUUAACACGUCGAAAUUUGAGCAUCCGGCAGCGGAUAUGGCAGGUAAUAACGCAGAAACUCAACGAAAUGCAAGGUGCUGAAAAAGAUGUUGAAGGCUGGAAGCGAAGCUACAACUCUUGGCGAUUGAACGUUGGAGACUUAUACAAUAAAGAGAAAGAACGCAUAUUAAAAAAUGUGGCCGAUGAUGACUAUUUCAUUAUAAAUGUAACUGAUGAUGAGAUUGAUAGGGAGCCUAUUUAUGAAGAAGGCGCUACCUACUUAGAUCCGAAAGAUCUCCAAUUAACAUGUUUACAUGAGCUUGUCACCGAUCAGAGGCUACUAUUUAUUAACCCAUCGGAAGAGGAUGAGCCACUAAGGCAACGUUUGUGGCAAAAUAUAGCCGAUCAAUUGAAUAAUAUACCCGGUGGAGUGAAGCUACCAAAAGAGGAAUGGCAGAAGCACGUUGAUCUAAGUCUGUAUACAGUGCCGCGUGGUAGAAAAAGGAAAGUCGUGCCCAAAUCUAAAGCCAGAGAAAAAAACACCACUAAGACUUCAUCCCCUUACAAAAACGUCUAUGAAGAGUAUAUUGUUGAAGAUAUUCUCGCAACGGAACACACGCAAGAAACACCGCAGCAGAGUACAUCAAGCAAUAAGGAAGUGAACGACGUGUUUGCAGAAAUAGACGAAACUGAUGAUAAUACCGAUGAUAUUAUUAAUUUACUCAAUGAACAGGACGAUGCGAAUACCAUUAAUGAUAAUUUUCCCUUCGAUAUUGAAGCUGUCGAUGAUGAUGAUGAUUAUUUUGAUAAUACCGAUACGGCUACCGAAGCUUACGACAAAAGCGGUAGCAAAAAAACAAAAUUAACGCCUAUUGUUAAAUCUUUUAAAUACUCCAGUCGUAUAACCACAGCAGUGGAACAAUUGAGAAAUGAUGUGAAAGAGACGAAGGAUAUGCUUAAACAAACAACAAAUCUACUAAAUCGUAUGUGUGGUAUUAUGGAAGAGCGCAAUAAGAAACAAGAUGAGACAAAUGCAAUAUUAAAACGUAAUGGACAGUUAUUAAAACUUUUGGUUGAAUAUAAAUGUGGUAUGCGUAGCAAAGUGAAAAAUUAAAUAAAAAACGAUAGAGAGCAGAAAAUAUAUUUGAAAAGGAUUUUUCUGUGUGAAUUUUAACUAGCAAGAAAUGGAAUUUUUACAAUCCACCAUUAGACGGCGCGUUACUGAGGAAACACACAUUUUCUUACAUAUGCAUUAUUUAUGAAUUAAACGCUGAUUUCGCUAACAAACUUCUAUUUUAUGCAUUUCCUUUUAUGUUUUGCAUAUGCUUUGGUACAUUUAAUUUAAAAUUAAAUUUAAUAUUAUUAAUAUUUUUAUAUAUAUGUAUGUAAU